UGUUUCCUGUCUACAGUGUCUGUGUUUUGUAGAUAAAUGUGAGGAUUUUCUCUAAAUCCCUCUUCUGUUUGCUAAAUCUCACUGUCACUGCUAAAUUCAGAGCAGAUAGAGCCUGCGCAAUGGAAUAAAGUCCUCAACAUUGAAAUGUGACAUUGCUCUCAGCAUCUCCCAUCUCUCUGGAUUCCGCUUUGCCUCAUUAUUCCUGCUAACCAAUUCAUUUCCAGACUUUACUCUUCAGAAGCCAUGGGAAAAAUCAGCAGUCUUCCAACUCAAUUAUUUAAGUGCUGCUUUUGUGAUUUCUUGAAGGUAAAGAUGCGCAUCCUGUCGCUCUCGCAUCUCUUCUACCUGGCCCUGUGCUUGCUCACCUUCACCAGCUCCGCCACGGCCGCACCGGAGACGCUCUGCGGGGCUGAGCUGGUGGAUGCUCUUCAGUUCGUGUGUGGAGACAGGGGCUUUUAUUUCAACAAGCCCAUAGGGUACGGCUCCAGCAGUCGGAGGGCCCAGCAGACUGGCAUCGUGGAUGAGUGCUGCUUCCGGAGCUGUGAUCUGAGGAGGCUGGAGAUGUACUGCGCACCCCUCAAGUCUGCCAAGGCAGCCCGCUCCGUCCGCGCCCAGCGCCACACCGACAUGCCCAAGACUCAGAAGUAUCAGCCUCCAUCUACCAACAAGAAAACGAAGUCUCAGAGGAGAAGGAAAGGAAGUGCAUUUGAAGAACACAAGUAGAGGAAACGCAGGAAACAAGAACUACAGGAUGUAGGGAGAGCCUUCUGAGGAGCGAAGGACAGGCCACCGCAGGACCCUUUGCACGAGUUACCUGUGAAACACCGACCAAAUAUCAGUUUGAUGACAUUUCAAAGAUGGGCAUUCCCCCCAAUGAAAUACACAAGCAAACAUUCCA